CAAGGACUUGUUCAUUCUCUUCUUGCUCUAAGCCCUCAGUUUCUCCAGUAAGUCGUUCCGUCACAGAAGCUGUUCAUCAUCUCUUGCACUGAGCAUCCGUGCGGGUGUGUGCUUCGAUCCUGCGCCACUUUUGCCAGUAUUCUCCUACCCCUUCGAAACACAGCAGAAACCAAACCGAAGCAUGGCGGCCAUGCGUGUGCGACUGCUAGCCCUGUGUAUGGCACUCGCCAUGUUACACUAUGCAGCAGCAAUGAGCUCUUAUAGAGCCAUGCUUCCCAAUGCUGGAUCCGACAGCCCUGCUGCUGACGGAAUAGUCCCUGACCCAACAACAGACGACGGCUUCUGUCGGUCUUUCGGCCAUGCUUCAAGUUGCGACGGUGCACCAUCCGGCAAUGGGAACCAGUUCGGGAUGGACUUCGUAAAUGCCAAUAGAAUGUGGACUACCACUUUUUGCAAGAUGGACAGUGACAACGACGGAUUCUCCAACGGUGCUGAGCUGGGAGACCCUACUUGUGCCUUCACAAUGGGCGGUACCCCCACAAGCACUAAGAACAUUAGUCAUCCAGGAGUUCAAUGUUCCGUGCCCUCAAAUCCGUGGUGUACUGUUCCGACAGGCGUUGUGCCCAGCAGUAUGACCAACGUGUCAACUUCUGCCUCCAACUACACAUCAACGGCUGUUAUGGUAAACACAACAGCCCCCGCUGACGUCGCUGUUGCAAGCUCGGCCAUGGUCAUCCUCUCCGCUGUCAUAGCAACCAUCGUCUAAUCAGCAGAUGACAUACGCGCUCAUCUCCAGGCAAGGUGAAGCAUCGGAUACGAGCUUACUUAUGCUCUCACUGAUUUUUAAAUUAAUUUGAUGUCUUGUAUUCGUUUUGAUAAGGGUGAACUUCCAUUUUGUAAUAUGCUGCAACUGUCCUUUGACGAUUGUGUGGUGCGGCAUUCGUAUUUCUGUUGAUAAAAUACCAUAUCACUUUCUCCCCCUUUUUUUCUCCUUUUAAGUUGCUUCGACUUUCACAACUCCUCAAGAACAUCACGUGACAUCUUAUCAGUUUUUUUCCCUGAGUUCCUAACCAAAAGCAUGCAACCGUGAUCUCUUUCCUAAAGGUCCGGUGUGCAGUGCACAGCUAGCAUUACAUCCAGCUACAUUUACAAUCCGUACACUGCGAGAAAUAAUUACUCCCCGCCGA